AUGGAAAUUAUUUAUUCGCAUGUACAGCAAAGGAGAUUUUUCGGAAGUCCAUGUUGUUUUUCAGAUGUGGGGCCGCAUUUAAUUGUUGACAUAGAUCCAGAUCCGGAAUUAAAGAAACAAUUUGUUCAAGUUCCGACUGUAGCGAAAGAAUCUCAUUGCUCAAAAGAUAUGUCUUAUCACGAGGUGAAUACAGAGCAGCAUGAGACGAGUACUACGGGAAUGAACCAUGUAGUUGGGGGCUGGCCAUUCGAUGUGGAAUACAAAGAUAAAGAUCAAGUUACACGAUUCACGAAGAGGAUACAAAAAGAAGAAAAUUUUAUUGAUUCUGUGAAGAUGCUUGGAGAACAAGUGGAGAUGAUUCUAAUGGAAAAUAACUCGGUCAACAUUUACGAGGAAUAUUUUACUGAAGAUUUGGAUUUUCGAAAUGAUGAAACGCAAUUUAAAACUCGCAACGUAUUUAGGGACUUGUGUGAUAUUAAACGGAAAGUUCUAGAUUUAUCAUGGUCGCUGGAUGGAAGCAAAAUUACUGGAGCAUAUUCAAUUGAUGAAAUACAUUUAAGUACAUCCAGUUCCUGCUGUGAAUGCUAUAUAUGGGACAUAGAGAAUUGCAAUGUUCCUUAUUGCACUUUGCUGCCAAGGGCUUCCUUAAAUGUUGUAGAAUAUUCACCUCGAGAUUUAGAGUUGCUCCUUGGUGGAUAUGGCAACGGACAAGUUGGUUUGUGGGAUGCAAGAAUCGGAGGCAAGGCUCAACAGACAACACCCAUUAAUGCCAGUCACAAGGAAAGUGUAUCAGAUAUAACGUGGAUUACAUCAAAGAGUGGAUUAGAAUUCGUUUCCGCGUCAAGAGAUGGAAAAUUAUACUGCUGGGAUUCUAGAAACAUGGUCCAGCCUAAUUUAUCAAUGCCUCUUAUACAAAGUACAAACCCAGAUGUCUGCUAUAACAUGACAUGUCUAGAAUAUGACUCUACACUACCGAAUCGGUUAAUGGUAGGGGCUGAAGAAGGUACAGUUCUUUCAUGCAAUCGUAAAUACAAAGAUCCAAAGGAAAUCAUCACAGGAUCGUACCCUUCAAGAUAUGGACCAGUAAUUGAUAUUUCCAGGAAUGUGUUUUUUCCAAAGCUCUUCGCAUCUUGCAGUUGUUAUGGCGUUGAGGUAUGGUCUGAAGACCUUACAGAAUCUCCAAUGAUAAAUUUAAAAAGUCCAAAAGGGUAUGUAACGGAUGCAAUCUGGAGCCAAAACCAUCCGUCAUUUUUGUUGGUGACAAAAAGCACCGGUCAUCUUGAAUUAUGGGAUAUACUUAUUAAGCACCAUUGCCCAGUUUUGUCUGUUAAAUUUGAAACAGAAGGCUUAAUUCGUCUGAAUCACAAACAGCACAGCAAUGAGGUGGCUUGUUCAACUCCGAACGGAUGUAUUUUGCUGAUUGAAGUACCGGAGUUCACAGCAUUUUCUUUGAAGCAAGAAAAAAACUUGAUGGCAGCAGAAGAAAGUUUUCAAAAAGUGACUAUUAAAGGAAAACGACCUGUCGAUAUUAGUCACAGACUCAUAAAGUUUGAGGAGAAAGUGGCUACUAAGUUAUUAGAGUCUACCAGCCAUUGGCUACUAACUGAAAAUUUAAAUUUUCAGAUGAUAGACAGAGAAGGAAAACGAGAAAGAACUAUCGAAGGGAUUACGAGAGAGAUAAAUGCUCGGGAAAAACACCCCGAGCAAAAAGUUGAUUUGGAUAAUUCGAAUUUGUUAGGAUCCUCGGAAGAAGAAGAAGAAGACCGUUUUCCGGAGGAAUUCAUGUCUCAUUUUAAUUCUGAUUUUCCAGAAGAAGAUGUGGAAGAUGAAAAUGAAGAGACAUUAUUUGAUUUACACUUUGUGGACAACUUAAAAAAAGUAUCAGAAGCAUGCUAA